UUUCAUUGAUUUUGAUUCAAAAAUACCCACUGCAUGCACUAUGUCGUCUUCGAGAAGCAUUGUCGACGAGCUGAGUUCUUUAUUGCAGAAAGCCGUAACUAUCAUUUUGGAGAGACCAGAAUGCAUGGUAGACGACACCUUUCCUGAUCGCUUUGCCGAAUGUUUAGAAUUACUCGUGGAUAACUUCAACGCAGAUAACAGCAGUCCACUGGAGCAACCUACAAAUGACGAAGCUUCAGUCCUCGUCCAGGAUUUCUCCCAAGCAGCCCUCUGUUCCUCAUCCACAAAACUCCAGUGUCUGGGCCUGCGUGCAACAUGCUUGUGUCCGCAAGUCUUGCUCCUGGAAACGGUUCAGGUUAGCUUCCGGUCAGCAGCAACGUCCGAGUGUGUUUCUGUACGUAAUGCUGUAUUCGUGGCCGCGAAGAGCCUGCUCGCAAGCUGGCCUACUCUACCUGGAUCUAAGCCGUGUCCUCUCCGACAAGCUUGGUUUGUAGCGCUAGCAGUCCACGCUCUUCACGAUGGCAGUCUGUUUGUGGCUGCGGCCGCCCGACAGUUUCUCUGUGUUGCUCUGGAGGCAGAGUGCAGGCAGCAAGCGGGAAGUGAUGUCCAUGAAGUAGCCAGCCAUCCUCCACCCACAGCCAUUCCACAGGACAAUGCUGUUCGCUCUACCUUGAGUGGUGAGGCCAAGGCUUGCGCUCAGUGUGCUGCUGCUCUUAAAACAUCGCGUACAGAGACAAGCGCAUUGAUUGGGAAGCGGAAGUAUGUCCAGCGUGACACCGACCGUCUAGCUGCCUUUCUUCGCCUUCUAAUCGAGCUGGUGCAGGACCAUGCCGACGUGCCCCUGGGUGUUGUACGCCAGCUUCUACGCACCUCCUCUGUGCUGGGCAUGGUGUCAACGGCGGCUUCCGAUGAGCCAUUGAGAGUCGUGUCUGUUGUGAGGCGCUCGGCACAGUUGACUGCAGCUCUCUGCAACCGGCUCAGUGGAGCAGCCGAUUUGCAGUCCUACAUGCGCAGCUGUGGCUGGUCCUUUCCAGCAGGCCAGGGUGAACCGAGAGAGGAUGACUGCCAGUUGUUGCUGUCUAUACCGCUACUGUUAUUGCGGCAUGGUUUGCUGGACUCGGCACUCAACUUGCUGAUCGCAUACAGCUGCAAGCUGCACAAAGGUGAUCCUGACCUGGCCACUAUAUGUGCAUGGUACCUGUCCGCUCCCAUUCACCUUGCUGCUGGGGUUAGACCAAAAACCCUUCUUGAGCUGAUUUCAUCGGGCAAGGCACAUAGUGCGAUGACAGCUGACUUUGGUCAGUGGCUUUCGGCUGUGCUUGAAGUGAUGAAUACAAAAUCACCUUUCACAAGUCUACUGUCCUUUGCACUACCUGCUUUAGAAGAGGUGAUGAAGCUGAAGCUCCCGGAAAUACUAGCAUCAUCUCUACUCUCGUCGGCAGUGCAUCUCCUAACCGAGAGUUGCUAUUGCCAGAUGCAUGUUGUGGGAGAAGCAAUACGGCGUGUAUCUGUGCACGCCUAUGACAAUGAGAAGCUGGUGCGUAUGCUGAUUGGUUAUGUCUCCGGCGCCGCCGCCGGCUCUGAGCUCCUCUCCAUUGGCCUGUGCGUCUCUGUGUGUUCAGAUUCCCAUAGAUAUUGCAGUCCUCUGUCAGCAAUGAUGGACGCACUGAAUAUGCAGCAACACGGCACGGCAGUAACCAUCCGACUGCUUUCCGUCAUCAGGGAUGUGCUUGCUGCGGUCCCUGCAAACAUGUUAGCCAGCUUACUGGCCACGGACGAUGCAGAGCUGUGCGGCAAACGUCAGUGCCAUUCAGCUUUGCCUUUUUCACGACUGUUCACUAGUGAACAAUGUGAUGGGACAGCUGAUGGACAUACCAGUUCUGUCUCAUCAAUCACAUCAUCAACCCCACCAGCCAAGACAUCGUCAACGACCUCGUCGGUGACAUUAUGCACUGCUGCAUCGAUUGACUAUGCGCCCCCUACCUGCCUGGAUAGCGACUGGCGUUCUCUGUCCGAGUAUGACUGCAGCACUGCGCCACCACUGGUGGCAGAUAGCAACCGACAGCAGUGUGCCCCUGUGCACUCUAGUAGUUCUGUGAGUUCUGCUGGCACUGAUGCUGCAUGUUCUAAUACCUAUCCACUGUCCAGAAGCUGUUCAAGUCCCGAUACCGUGAUUCGGACCAACGCCAGCACUGCUAUUGGCGGAUGCAGGUCCGAUGACAUCAUCAUGACUCGUGAUGAUGUCAUCAGAACUAGCAGUUGUAGCUCUGCAGCAGUAUGUUCAUCUGCUGAUGCCAGCAGUAGUACUGGUACCUCGGUCGGUAGAUAUUGUGCCCCUGUCGGUAGCACGGCGGAACCAGCAGUCAGUGUAUGUGGUGUUGCGGAGGACGGUGGCGGUGGUGGUGGAGGUACCGUGCAGAGCGUCGGUGGCUUCUUGUCGUCUUACCUGCGCAAUGUCACCGUGUACAGUAGCUGGGAGGUCAGGGACACACUGAUCAACAUGGUCACGGUCCUGCUUCGCACACACGGCGGUCAAGCUGAUCUACUGAAGUUUCUUGAUCACUCUCAGUUCUUCCACUUCCUCCAGCUAGCAGGCGGUGACAGCAGUGCGUUUGUCAGUAGCUCAGCCCUGCUGACAUUGCCCGUCAUUACUGGCAGUAGCAGUGUGCUGGAUGCGUAUCUCUCUGCUAAUUACAAACACACUGGCAAGAUUGGGCUGGUAAAGGAUGUGCUGUCCAUUCUCAGCGGCAAGAAGAACGAAUUCCACCGUCGCAGCGCCGCCCAGGUCCUGUGUGAUUGGCUACGCCAGGACGGGAUGACAAUGUAUGUUGUUCCCUUUGCAUAUGCACAGUGUGACGAUGCUGGCGAUGACUGCAGUGCAGCAGCACAGUCGAGUACACGCACGGAUACAUCAUCUCAAGCCGGAUUGUAUCACGAAGGAUGUACGCUCUGUCGUGAAUGGCAACAGCACCAGUCCAGUCAUGCAGCAGGGAUGGCGGCAGUGGUGGAAUCAAUGGAAAGCAGUGACGGUGCUAGUCUUGCCACGUCCGCUCGUAUCCGAUUGCCCAGCGUGUUGUGUACGAAUCACUGCACGCUGGUGGACGCAAUGCUCGACUUUGAUUGGGAGGUGAAGCUGCGCGCCGUUCAGUUCUGGUCAUGCGUAUUGCUUCAGAUCUUGCCGGAGUGUCAUAGCAACACUCACAACACCAAUGGUGUAUCUCCUUCAUCACAAGCAUCAAGUAAGCCAGGUGCUGUGCGUCUCGGCGAAAGUACCAGGAUGCUGUUACAGCCGUGUCGUGAUCAGCUGCUGGACUGGCUGUGCCUGGUUGGCGUGUGCCAGCGUCUAGCUGCAAUGACAGAUGAUUGCGAUGACGCAGUGCGUGAUGCAGCCACAUCAGUCAUAACUCAACUUGCACACCUACCCCAGACUAAUAGUGCUGCCACCCAUGACAACACUGACACUGCUGUACAUGACGGGAAAUGUCACAACGACGCAGUGGAUGUUCCAGAUGCUUUCUCAUCGGGUGAUCAGUUCCUCCACUGGUGUCAACGGUGGAGCAGUUACAGAAUACGUACACAGCACACGGAGUGGCCUGUCCAGGCACCUGCCGCAGGCUUUGAACCGUUCUCUUUCUUGUCUGAUAUACUGCAUCAUUCGCGGAAGGCGGCAGCGGCUGGAUCUAAAGGAUCCAACGAAGACGGUGAGAAUGCUGCUGAAGAGGUUAUUGUGGAUUGCUAUUAGGGAGCUCCUUCUCACUGCCAUCCAGAACUGUGCGUGUUGUGUGUACGUACACUUUAUAUUGAGUUUAUGUAGAAAAACUUCACAGCCAUUGUGCCACAUUUGAGUCAUUUACCAUUUUAGCGUUCACAAAUUACGAACAACCCUAUGCACCGCCGCACUUGUAACAACACAAAUCUGACCAGGUUCGUUGAGUUCUGAAUUUUUUUCUAUGCAAAAUAUAAAAAUUCUUCUGUGCAAAUAAAGCAAUCACUUUAUCAA